AUGAAUCUGGUGGACCUGUGGUUAACGCGUUCCCUCUCCAUGUGUCUCCUCCUCCAAAGCUUUGUUCUUAUGAUACUGUGCUUCCAUUCCGCCAGUAUGUGUCCCAAGGGCUGUCUCUGUUCUUCCUCUGGGGGUCUGAAUGUCACCUGUAGCAAUGCGAAUCUCAAGGAAAUACCUAGAGAUCUUCCGCCUGAAACGGUCCUCUUGUACCUGGACUCCAAUCAGAUCACAUCCAUCCCCAAUGAGAUUUUUAAGGACCUCCAUCAGCUAAGAGUCCUCAACCUGUCCAAAAAUGGCAUCGAGUUUAUCGACGAGCACGCCUUCAAGGGAGUCGCGGAAACUCUGCAGACUCUGGACUUGUCUGACAACCGGAUCCAGAGCGUGCACAAAAACGCCUUCAAUAACCUGAAGGCCAGGGCCAGGAUUGCCAACAACCCCUGGCACUGUGACUGUACGCUCCAGCAGGUCCUGCGCAGUAUGGUCUCCAACCACGAGACAGCCCACAGCGUGAUCUGCAAGACCUCCGUGCUGGACGAGCACGCGGGGAGGCCGUUCCUCAACGCUGCCAAUGACGCCGACCUUUGUAACCUCCCCAAAAAAACGACUGAUUACGCCAUGCUGGUCACCAUGUUCGGCUGGUUCACCAUGGUGAUCUCCUACGUGGUGUACUACGUGAGGCAGAAUCAGGAGGACGCGCGGAGACACCUCGAAUACUUGAAGUCCCUGCCGAGCAGGCAGAAGAAAGCCGACGAACCCGACGACGUCAGCACCGUGGUGUAG